CAACACUUUCUUCCUCCCAUCACACAGUUUUCUAUGGAUCAUGGUUUGAGCACACCCGUGCCUGGCUGUCCAUGAGAGAAAGGGACAACUUCCUGCUUUUUAGCUAUGAAGACCUGAAACAGGACACAAGAGGAACCAUAGAGAAGAUCUGUGACUUCCUAGGAAAGAAAUUAGAGAAAGAAGAGCUGGAUCUGGUCCUCAAGUACAGUUCCUUCCAAGUCAUGAAAGAAAAUAAAAUGUCCAAUUUAAGCCUCGUCCCAGAAGAUGUGGCUCCUAAUGGUUUGCAUCUCAUGAGGAAAGGCACGACUGGAGACUGGAAGAAUCACUUUACUGUAGCCCAAGCUGAAGCCUUUGAUAAAGUGUUCCAGGAGAAAAUGACUGGUUUCCCACCAGAACUGUUCCCAUGGCAAUAAAUUCUUAAAACUUUUAAAUCAUGUAUUUGUAAUGUGAAUGACUGGGUGUGGUCAAAAAAUAAAUCCUCUAAUUGAAA